UUGCAGGCCUUCGCAGGUCGCUGUCUGGAAGUGUUGCGGCUGCCCACAGAGGAUGCACAGCUGGUGGCGAGAUGCCUUGUGGAGGCCGAUCUGCGUGGCCAGUCGGGGCAUGGUAUUCAGCGGUUACCAAUGUAUGCGGAUCGCCUGAGAGCCAAGCUGGUGAACCCACAGCCCAAGAUUCGAGUGGAUCGGACGUCGCCGUGCGACGCACCCAGUGGACCCAGGUCCUCCUGCCGCGUCCACGGCGACGAUGGCAUGGGCUUUGUGGUGGCGACCAGGGCUACAGAAGAGGCCAUUCGCAUCGCCGAAGAGCAAGGUCUAGGCUUGGCUGGUGUGCAUCGCUCCACACAUUUCGGAUGCUCCUCACGCUACGUGAUGCAGGCACUGGAGGCGGACAUGUUGAGCUUGGUGUUUACCAACUCCUCACCUGCUUUGCCACCUUUUGGAGGCGCUAAGGCCUUGCUUGGAGCCAGCCCCUUUGCUGCGGGUGCACCAGCGAAUCAAGCGCAUCCCCUGGUGCUGGAUAUGUGCGCCCUUGGAUCGUGGGACUGGGACAGUGCUGAGGCCACCAUGAAUGCCCAGCAAAGACCCUGA